AGCAGCAGCAAGGGUACCUUUUGCCCAGCUUUGCUGUCAAUUCAGGCCCCUCCAGUCUCUCCUGGACCAGAGGACUGCUUAUCAUGAAGCUGCUUGCCCACAUCCUCUGCCUGGCCCUGGCCCUGGCUUGGGCUCAGUCGCAGGAAGAACAUGCAGCUGCUGUCCUUGACCGUUGUAAAGGCCUUGAGAUGGACGCUGUUGCAGUGAACGAAGAGGGAAUCCCAUAUUUCUUCAAGGGUGACCAUCUGUUCAAGGGCUUCCAUGGCAAAGCAGAGCUGUCCAAUGAGUCCUUCGCUGAGUUGGAUGACCAUCAUCACCUGGGCCACGUAGACGCAGCUUUCCGCAUGCACUACGAGGACAACCCUGACCACGACCACAUGUUCUUUUUCCUGAACAACAAGGUGUUCAGCUAUUACCAACACAAGCUUGAGGACGGCUACCCCAAGGACAUCUCCGAAGUCUUUCCUGGAAUCCCUGACAACCUGGACGCUGCUGUGGAGUGUCCCAAGCCAGAGUGCGAUGAAGACUCUGUCAUCUUCUUCAAGGGAGACGACAUCUACCACUACAACGUUAGAACCAAGGCUGUAGAGGAGAAAGAGUUCCAGUCCAUGCCAAACUGCACGUCUGCUUUCCGCUUUAUGGAGCACUUUUACUGCUUCCAUGGACACAUGUUCUCCAAGUUUGACCCAAAGACUGGCGAUGUGCAUGGCAGGUACCCCAAAGAGGCACGUGACUACUUCAUGAGAUGCUCCAAGUUCAGUGAAGAAGCCGACCAUGUGGAGAGAGAGCGCUGUAGCCGUGUUCACCUGGAUGCCAUCACAUCUGACAACGCUGGGAACAUGUAUGCCUUCAGAGGCCACCAUUUCCUCCGUAAAGAUGAGGGCAAUGACACACUGAAGGCUGACACCAUCGAGAACGCUUUCAAGGAGCUGCACAGUGAGGUGGACGCUGUUUUUACUUAUGAGGACCACCUUUACAUGAUCAAGGACGACCAACUAUUUCUUUACAAAGUUGGUGAGCCCCACACCCACCUGGACGGUUACCCCAAGCCUCUGAAGGAUGAGCUGGGCAUUGAGGGUCCCAUUGAUGCUGCAUUCGUCUGCGAGGAUCAUCACAUUGCUCACCUUAUCAAAGGUCAGAACAUCUAUGAUGUGGAAUUGAAGGUCAGCCCUCGUGUUGCAAGAAACGAGCGUCCGAUUGCCCUCUUGAAGAAGGUCGACGCUGCCAUGUGCAAUAUUGAAGGAGUUAAGGUGUUCGUAGGCAACCACUUCUACCACUUUGACAGCUCCAUGCUGUUCGUUACUUCCAGGGCUCUGCCUGAGCAGCACAAGGUAUCCCUGGAGCUGUUCGGCUGUGAUCACUAAGAUGCUUGUUUGACAGGACUGAAUGGAUUGUGCCGAAUGUCACAUACAACACGAUGAAACAUGGAAAAACAACAGCACCAACAACAUCACGCAGGAGGCGCCUAAUAACAAGUCGCUAAGCUUUUGACAACAUUUACUUACAGACAAUGAUGCAAUGCUUCAUACUAGUUGUUUCCUUUCUGAGUCUUACCUCAAAAUAACCUUUUAUCUGUUUUACUUCUUUUUUCUUUUUUCGUAACUCAGUGGUCCUCUAUGUCAAGUGUGCUAUCAAGAAGGGAUUACAUGUUUCUCUGUGAUUCAUUUUGUACAGUGUUGUUGUGAAUAAAGUGGAGAGGCAACAAACAAA